CUCCAAUCACCCCUUCAGGAGCGAUGGUCCGCUCGCUCAGCCCCCACAACAACUAUGGGAUGAACAACACUAUCAAACGACCCCUACAAUGGCCUAUGGAUGCCCGUGCCCCAGUCCUACCCUUUUCCAGGCAAACAACCGCAUUAUCACAAUCUUCUAAAGGUAUGCACCUGUGGCCUUGCCACUUUGGCUUUUGUUUACCACGAAUAUGAGCACGGACCAUGUUGUUGAUGCUUUUCGUCCAUCUAUUAUAGCAUCAAAUCUACAGCACAUCCCAUGUAAAUUCUUCAAAAGUGGAGCAUGCACUGCAGGCAAGAAUUGCUUGUUUUCUCAUAGUAGGGAUCCGAUGUCUGAGAAUUAUGUCUGUAAAUACUUCCUGAAAGGCAACUGCAAGUUUGGGGCCAAAUGCUCUCUGUCACAUUCAUUCUUGGCGCUGGAUCGUAAGUCAUCUGCACUCUUUCCGGGUGGAACAAACAGCAAUAGUACUGCCAAUGUAACUUAUAACUUGGGAAACCGAUCACGACUUGAGAGGAGAGCAUCUAGUGGUGCUAUUCUCAACAAUAAUGUAUGGUCAUCACCACCUGAACUUCUUUCUCCGCCUCGCAGGACGCUGCCUCACCAACAGCACCAUUUUCAUCCACUGCAAUAUCAACAACAGCACGUCUUACAACUAAAUAGCAAUAAUGUUGAAUUUACUUUGGGACGAUCUUCUAGCCAGCAGGGAGGAGGAGGGGGGAUAGGGUUUUCGAAACCUACAACAUCGGAAAAUCUAAGAGGCACAUUUUACAUGAAUACACCUCAGGAUAUGCUUGGGAACAGCGGCUCUCCAUUCUCCGAAGACGAGUUUUCUUGUCAAGAUCACAGUAGCGACCGCACCUCAGGCGCAAACCCCCUAAAUCCUUUCGAAAGUCGCGUUCGACAGCAUCUAGCAGCACCUUUGCCUAUCCGCCAGCGAUCAUUACCGAACAUAUUCCGGUUAACACCUUUAUUAAAUGAUACUGGGAACGCAGUUGCAACAUCUGCAGCAUUACCAACAUCUCCAUUUUAUCAACCUGGUAACAAGGCUCUAUUCUUGUCAGUUUCGUGUGAGUCAACGGAUAUGUCAAGUGUAUCCUCGUCACCGUCGCCUUUAAGAUUACAUUCGAUCCCAGAGUUACAUGACCUUUACAUCAGUAGUAACGGAGAAAGCGUUGCUGGCGGAGAAGCCAUGCGGCGACGCGGCAGUUAUGCAGGAGUAUUACAGCAACAGCAGCAACAGCAACAGCAGCAACAGCAACAGCAGCAACAGGCAGCCGAGACUGAUUACUCUGAUUCUGAAGACGAUAUGAACAUGGACCAGGGGUUUUUGCCCUCAUCUUUAAAUGAUUUACUGACAACAAACGAGAGGCAGCGACGAGAGAGCAGACAGGAAGAUACUGUUGAUGCUAUCCUCUCCAGUAAACUUCCGUCCUCUGACUUGGGGUUGCAAAAGAAGGAAGAUUUUUAUCUCAACUUUGGCACCUCAUCUUCUGGUAUACUCCUUUACUUCAUACAUUUUUUCCCCUCCCUUCCGUAUCAUGAACCGUGUCGAGUCUAAUUAUCAUCAUUUCUUUCCACUUAUUAUCAUAGAUAUACCUCAUGGAGCUUUUGAAGAUGCGGCGGCACUAUCUUCAGUUAAUCUCAGUCCAGGGACUGGAGACAAGCUUCAAAUGCAAAGGCCAUAUUAUAAAGGAGGGAGCAGUACGCCCGAUCCAUUUUGCCCCUUCCCACAUGAUGCAGAAGAUCAGGUUCAAUUCUUGAUGGAUGAUGACACGAUCGCUUCAUCAGAAGCAGACACGAUUAUCAAAUUAAAGAGAGCGUUGACGACUUCAAGUCUGGACAAGCACAAUGAUGAAAUAGAAUCCAUGAACUUUUUGUCUCUAACCAUCACUGAAUAGACUAUCUUGCUGUUUCACUUUUUCUUUUCUCCCUCUUUUCUGAAAAUGAACGCAGUAUCAACAGCACAAAGAGAAAAAUA